AUGAAGAUCUCAGUCCUGCUCCUCCUGCUGCUGGCAGCUGCCUGGACUGGAAGCCAAGGGAUGUCCCUCCGAAGCCCCAAAUCCCAGUGCUGCUCCAAGGAAAUGUUCAAAUACCGGAAAAUCCCUGAGUCCAGGAUCCAGGACUACAAGUACACAGAUCCCACCUGCAUCCACAGGGCUGUUCUUGUGAAGCUGCUGAAGGGGAAUGUCUGUGUGGACCCAGAGGAGAGAUGGUUCCAGAAGUACCUGAGGAAGCAGAAGAAGACAAACAGCACCUCCACGUGA